AUGCCAAGAAAGAAGUCCGCUGCUAAAAAGGCUAGAGAAGCUGCUAAAAAGCAGGAACAAAAGGUUGAGCCUGUUAGUGCUCAAACAAAGGUUGAUACUGCAAACUCGAAGGGUGACGAAAAAUCCAAGCUCGUAUCUGACUCUAAAAAGGAAACUGUGGAUGAAGUGGAUGAAGAAGAGGAGGAAGAAUCAUCUUCUGAGGAUGAAGAUGAUUUCGGUGAAUUAAUCACCGAAGAAGUUGAAGAAGGUAUUCAAAAAGUUAUGAAUGCCAUCAAGAACAAUGAAACCGAUAAACUUUUAAAUCCUGAAGUUAAAUUCUUCGAGGAACCGGAGAAGGCAGUUGAAAAAUUGGAGAAGACUGAGAAACAUAAGCCAAUAUAUUUGAAAGAUUAUCACAGAAUGAACUUGUUGAAUGGUGGGGUUGAAGGAGAAGAUGAAGAUAUGGAGUUCCAGACAGUUGACGGGAAACAAUCAUUUGUAUCCCAGCAAAAAGAGGAGAAGGCUCAACUUUUGAAUGAAAUUAAAGACGCUUUCAAGGUUGAUGAUGAAGAAAAUGAAGAAGAUGGUGACGAUGAUGGUGACUUUUUAAAGAAGAAGGAAACCAAGAGAGAAAGAGAGCCUGCUUCUAGAUUGCCUGACCCUGAAGUUGAUGACGAAAAGUUUUUAGAGGAGUUUGUCAAUCAACAGGCUUGGAUUCCUAAAAAGGGUGACAAAAUGAUUGAUUUGGAUCGUGCUCCAGACAUGGAAGAGGAUGAUGAAGAGUUUGAAGAUGCAGUGGAAGAAUUCGAAAAAGCAUACAACUUCCGUUAUGAGGAUCCUAAUGCAGCAGAAAUUGUAUCGUACGCCCGUACUCAGGCAACCUUAAGAAGAGCAGCAACUUCAUCCCGUAGAAGAAAGAGAGAUGAGGAAAGAGCUCUUAAGGCCAAAGAGGAGGAGGAAAAACAAAAAGCUGUUCAAAAGAAAAAGAAGGAAAAGAUAAAUCAAUUAACAGAUGUCUUAGAGCAAGUUAAGAAGGAGUACGGUGCUGAUAUCAAGGAGGAACAUGUGAAGGCACUAACUGAUACAUUACUAAAUGGAUCCUUCGAAGACGGUAAAUGGGAUGAGGUAAUCGGUACUAUUUUCAACGAUGAGUUCUAUAAUCAAGAAGAAAAGCCUACCUGGAAUGAAGAUGAUGAAAUCAUGGGUGAAUUUUACUCCGAACAAGGAGCCAACCAAGAAGACGAAGGGGAAGAAAUUUCAGACUCAGAAGAACAUAAGAGAAAGAAGUCCAAAAAAGAGAAAAUAGAAGAGAAGAAAGGAAAGAAGAAGGAGAAAAAACAACUUCAAGAGAUGGUUGAGAAAGCUGUUGACGAACGUAAGCUUGAUAUUAUAGACCAAGUUGAAGAAGAAAGAGGCCGUUCGAAGGAGAAAGAUUCAGAAAUUAAAUUUAGAUAUCGUGAAGUCUCUCCUGAAUCAUUCGGUCUAACCACUCGUGAAAUCUUUACAGCAGAUGACGCCGAUUUGAAUGAAUUCAUAGGUCUAAAGAAAUUUGCUCCUUACAGACCAAAGGAACUGAGGUCGAAGGAUAAAAGAAAGGUCAUGAAGAGUAGGCGACUAAGAGAAUGGAGAAAGAAGGUUUUCAAAACGGAAGAAGGUCUCACUGGUGAUGAGCUCGCGAUCCCAUUAUCUGAGAAUGCUAGUCAUCAAACUUCAAAGGAAAAGGAAAGAUUGAAAAACAAAAAGAGAAAGCGUAAAGAUUAA